ACCGACACCGGUAGCGGGCAUGUGUACGGUGGUCUCCAGGAGCGGGUGGUCUUCUUCACUUUCUCCUCAUCUUUGCUCCCACAUGAGCCGUAAGUGGGUUUUUCCUCUUCGUUGAACGUGGUUCCGAGAACAUCUCCUGGAAGGAUAGCUGCGGUGUCUCGCUCGUCCAUGUUGAAGAGGUUAAAUUAGCACUCAUCAAGUGUACCUGUCACUCUGGCUACUUUAUAUUCCCACUACUUCAACACAUGGACUUGCUCUCUGCUCUGUUACGUAAGGCAGUGAGCGGCUAGCUGCGUCGUUCAGUGAAAUUCAUGCUCACGCCAGGUGUUUUUGGCGUUAGUUGAGUGAAGUGAAACAAGCUUGAAAGUAACUUAUCUGCAAGCUCAGCUCAAAGCAGUGUUGAUGGUGGCGCUCUGUAAAGCUGGAGCUUAGCACCCCCGUCUGGACGAAGAGGAGAACUACACUUCCAGGUGACACUGACCAGGAAAAGGUAGGGAAGUCAAUCUGUGCCAUCUGAUUUUGAAUUUGAAUUUCUAAAGCUGAAUUUUUUUGCAUCAAAAUCAGACUUUGAAUUUCAAAACUAUUGAAUUUUAAGCACGUGUUUUUAUUUCUUACACUUGUUUUUCACAAUGAUGAAACAAAUUCAGUGUAAAAAAAAUCGGUCCCUCAAAAUAUUUGUGUGGUAAAAAUUUGACUAAAAAAACUGAAAAAAAAUUCAACAUAAAAAAAAUUAUGUGUCAAAUUAUUCAGUGUCACAAAAUUUAGUGUAAAACAGAUCAACUCAACAUCCGUGUGACACUGACCAGCAAAAUAUAUGAAAGUCAACUUGUGCCAUCUGAUUCUGAUUUUGAAUUUCUAAAGUUGAAUUUUUUUUGUUUCAAAAUCAGACUUAGAAUUUCAAAACUGUUGAAUUUAAAGGAUGCAUUUUUAUUUCUUACACUUAUUUUUUCACAAUGAUGAAAUAAAUUCAGAGUAAAAAAAGAUCUGUCUCUCAAUACAUUUUUGUGGUAAAAAUUCGACUGAAAAAAAUUGUGUACGAGGAAAUUCAACAAAACUAUUGAAUUUUAAGCACGCAUUUUUAUUUCUUACACUUAUUUUUUCACAAUGAUGAAAUAAAUCCAGAGUGAAAAAAAUUGGUCUCUCAAAAUAUUGUGUAGUAAAAAUUCACUUUAAAAAACUGUGUAAAGAAAUUCAACAAAACUAUUGAAUUUUAAGCACACAUUUUUAUUUUUUACAAUUAUUUUUUCACAAUGAUGAAAUAAAUUCAGAGUAAAAAAAGAUCUGUCUCUCAAAACAUUUUUGUGGUAAAAAUUCGACUGAAAAAAACUGUGUACGAGGAAAUUCAACAAAACUAUUGAAUUUUAAGCACGCAUUUUUAUUUCUUACGCUUAUUUUUUCACAAUGAUGAAAUAAAUUCAGAGUAAAAAUCUAAUCAUAAAUUUUUUUUAUGCAAAAUUUUUAACAUACAGUUUUUUAAGUCGAAUUUUAACUAAAAUAUUCUUUUGAGAGUCCAAUUUUUUUUUACCCUGAAUUUAUUUCAUCAAUGUGAAAAAAUAAGUGUCAGAAAUAAAAAUGUAUCCUUAAAAUUCAAAAGUUUUAAAAUUCAAAGUAUGAUUUUGAUGCAAAAAAAUUCAGCUUUAGAAAUUCAAAUUCAAAAUCAGAUGGCACAGAUUUACUUCCAUAAAAAGGUUAUUAAAAAAAAAAAAGUCACAACAAUGCAACAAAAAAGGAACCAAAGCCUGCUGCAAAUAAAAAAAAAAAAGAAAUGGUGCAGAUUUAAAAAAAAAAAAAAAAGCCACAACAGAAGCGACCUGCCGGGGACCAAUAAUGAUGAUGCACCUAAGUUUUAUGAUCUAGGCACAGAAGAUGAGAAAGAAGUAGGUCGAAAGGGUAUUGUUUAAUUUGGCUUUGUGUGCUUUUCAAUGUGGUUAGGCCAUUUUAUGCCUGAGUCAUUAUGAAGUUGAACUGAAGGAUGCCGGUAUAGUGUUGGCCUUAGUUCAACUUCAUAUCAACUCAGGCGCUACAUCAAUCAACAAAUCAAUCAAAUUUUAUUUAUAUAGUGCCAAUUCACAACAUUCGUCAUCCCAAGUCGCUUUCCAAAGAACAAGAGCAGGUCUAGACCACGCUCAUAAAUUAUUAAGACCCAACCAAAGAUGUGAUUUGGCCCAUCUCAUCUAACAUGAGUGAAAGUGGCAAGGAAACACUUCCUUUUAACAGGCAGAGAGGCCAGGCCAGACACGUGCUAGACAGUCACCAGGCCGCUGCUGGGUUGGGGAGUUUUAUGUUAUGAAUGUCAGUGAGGUUGAUGUUCAUGUAUGCAGCAACAGUCCAGACGAACCCGAGAGAAGAAGGAGCUCAGGGCCUCAUGGCCUAACCUACAUGGCCUAACCACGUUGAAAAGCACACAAAGCGAAAUUAAACAAUAACCUUUCCUCUAACUUCUUUGAUCACCUUUUCGCCGUCGUCUUCUGUGCCUAGAUCGUAAAACACCGGUGCAUCAUCAUUAAUGGUCCCCAGCAGCUCACUUCUGUUGUGUUUUUUUUUUUUUUUUUUUUUUUUAUCCUUUUAUUUUCGCAGCAAGUUACUUUUUUUUUGCAUCGCCACUUUUUUGUGUAGUUAAGUUCCAUUGUGGCUUUUUUAUCUGCACUGUUUCUUUUUUUAUUUGCAGCAGGCUUCAGUUUCUUUUCUUUUGCAUUAGUAACUUCCGUUGUGACUACAAAAGUACACGUACAUUACCAAGAUAAUAUAAACUUAAAAAGUCAGAGUAAAUAUCUACAAGGCUGCUCUAAUGUCUGAUAUUAUCUUUGUUACACUAUCAGACAAAUUAAAUGCAUUUCUCUGCUACUGUUAUUCUGAAAAUACCACCAAGCUAAUCAAGAAUAAAACAUUAAAGAUGUUGGAUUAAAGCAUAUUUUACUUACCAGCUCUAUUAUGUAAUUAUUUUUUCUAUUUGAGACAUUUCCACAUCCAAACUCUCUAAAAUUUGGCUUUGACUCAAAAUAAUACCACAAACAGGCUGUUUUGUGCUCAUGCCAGGUUAGCAGAAACAACUGAAUAGGCUGAUAUCAUAAUAAAGAUGUGUUCUUUUCACACUAUAAUUUCCAUUUUGUGCCCAAUUCCUUUAAUAAGCAGACAUAGAUAUAAGGAAAUACUAACCAGAAAUGUGCUUCCUAACGAAAAUGUAUGAACUUCUGAAUGUGAGAGUGAGAGACCUGUUAAAAUCUCUUAAAAUUGCUGUCAAUCAUGUCAUCAUUUUUUGUCAUAAUCUUUUUUUUUAAAUUUAAAUUAAAAAAACAAAAACAAAACAUUAAUCUUAAUACAAACACCAAAAGUCUAUUUUGAUAUCUUCACUGUUAAUGCUUUAUUUAUAAUAAUACAGUAUAAGGAAUCAUCCUUUUAUAAAGCCUAAUUUAAAAACUUUAGAUGCAACAUUUCGGACAAAAUAGCUGUUUUCAUUUAUGAUAAAGGUAAUAAGACAUGACAGAAUAAAAUCAAAGCUAUCAAGUUCAUAUGAUCCGCUGAAGAGUGUUUCCUUUUACUACACAGAUGAAACCUAACAAAAUGAACACAUGCUUACAGUGACAUCUUCAGGACAAAGGCUCAAACAGAAAAAAUGGGACCUGAUAAACCUUGAAAUCUCACCCCUUAAGAAAACAAACCAGCUGCAUGCUGUUUUAUUUGGAAAAAAACUCUUUGGCACAGAGUGUUGUCUUUCUAGUUCUCUUUAUCUUUAUAGUUUUUUUAUGUUUAUUAUGCCAAUAAAAGGAAAUUUGUCACCUAAACUUUGCUCCUAAUGACUUGCCUUCAAAUAUUCCAUAAAGUGUUAAAAAAAAAAGUUAUUCAAGAAAAUGAUCAAAAAAAUGCUAAAUGCUAUAAUUAAACAUGAGAAAAGUUUUACCGAGCAAAUGCUCUAAAAAAAUCCAUAAAUUAUUAAGAUUGAUUUCAGAUUGUAUCUUAGAUUUUUUAACUCUUACAAACUGUUUUUCUUAUUUGACAUUCAAAGAGAAAAUAUGUGUAAAUAAAAGUCCAAACACCAAAAUACAAGUGUAAAUACUUUCCUUUAUUCUGAGUCUUUUAAACUGUGCUGUUACUUUGUGGGACUUUGAUCGGAUUUAGAUAUAAACUCAAGGUUGCCUCAAGCUGUAAAACAUCAAUUAUCACUCUCUCCUGCAAAAACCUGUCAACCAUACACACACACACAUACACAACACACACACACACACAAAAGACACAAAACACGCACAGUUGAAGGCUGAUCUGGUUUGUCUGCAUUUCAGCUCGGGGAGGCUUUUUCCUCGGAAUCACAACAUUGUUUUUGAUCAGUCCCGCCCACUUGUUUUUUUAGUUUUUUUUUUACGAGGCCUUGAGCUCAUCUGCCUACCGGUUUUGUUUUUCAUAGAUUACCUUUCCCGGCUGUUUUGAUGAGAUAUGAUCAACAGACAUAUGACCUCAGGGGUUAUUCAUUCAUAAAUAGCCUGGGAUAGAAUCAUUUUAGGGUGUCAACAAGUUAAUUUACCAAAGAAAUACACUGGAGUUUAGAGUUUAAAAACACAUGUACUUAAUUAAGUUUUCUCUUUUUAUGACACUUUAUCUACUUCUCUGUUUUUCUUGUACUAGUAAUCAGAUAUACUCAACCUGUCUUUAUAUUCUGUCAUUAAAAAAAAAAAAAUUGAUUAACAAAUAGCUGACUUACAGAGAAAGAAUGAUUUAAGAGUUGUUUUUGUCAUUGUUAGGUUUAUUUUUCUGCAAAUACUCGUCAUGACUCCUGCCUCUCAAACCUGAGAUUUUGCUGCUUUACUCAUGUUUGUAUUUUAUUCCUCUGUGCUUCAGAGAUAUCUUCUUAAGUUAGGAGGUCCGCCUGUAAUAAAGCGUUGUUAUCUGAGUGCUUCAUGCAUCAUGCGGCUUCAUGAACUUUCUCUGUGUGUUCAGAUCAGGUACUCAUAGGUGCACAAUAACAGGAAAAAAAAAAAGUGUUAUUCUUUAUCAUCACAGAUUUUUUAAAUCUGGGAUGGCUGUGAUUCAGGUGUGGCUUUCAGCAUAUUGGUGUGCGUAUAAACGUAUGGAUAGAUCAAUGGUUUUGUAAACAGACACUUGAAUGCUUGUCAUACAUCCCUCACAUGUGCAGCUUUUUUUUACAAUCCUUCACAGCUAGCACUAACAGAGCAGAGGACACAUCUUGUGAGACACCGCCAGCAGGAUGCAAUUGAAAGAUUGUAAUACUGAUUAAACUUUGCGGUGAUUAUGCCAAAUUACAUGUCUGUUGUGGGAGAGAUGAGCAGAGAGUAAAAGGGGAGAGAAAGAGGCGUUGAAUUUGAGAGGGAAAGAAAAGCAAGCCGCAAGAUCACAAUUUAUUAAAAAUUUGGAAGAGUUGCAGUUGAGGUGUGUUCCCGCUCCUGAAAUUUCGCUGAACACCAUCACAGCAUGUUAAUACUCUAAAGAUCAUAACUCCGCAUUUUAUCAUCUUGUUCAUGUUUUAUAUCCCUAUUAGGUACAGGAAAACACGCCCUGUACGCCCAGGCCCCUCUUCAACAAGUUAAUUUUUAAUCUGCUUUCAGGAUGACAUACAGAUUAUACCACCAUAAAUACCGUGGCUUUGUCUGUUACUGUGUCUUUGAUUUUUGCUCUGGAUGUUUAUCACACCUUGUCGAUCAUGGCUGGAUUUCUUACACAUCUGUUGAAGAACAGGAAUUACGUCAUUAUAGUCCUGACACCUCUUUUACUUCUGCCUCUGCCAGUUGUCGUACAGACCCCGGUAAGAAAAUGAAAAGAAUAAAGUGUAUAUGCAAAUUUUUUUUCUAAUGAUGUAUCAGCAAUUAGAUAUAAUACAUAGCAUUUUUAGGCAACCACUCUCUGAUUUCAAUAUUCUGACACAUUUCUCUAGAUGACAUUUUAUACACAAUGUCCCUAGAUCACCUCCGGGCGCAUUCAGGGUUAAGGGGUCAAACUGGUUGUAGAUCUGUUUAGUUACAGAUUGACUUAAAUUAGAUGACAGGUCCGUCUCUUCCUUUGCACAAACACAUAGACAGUGGUCAAACAUCAAAGAGCACAUCUGGCCAUAAGAAUUCCUUUGUUUUUUCUUCAUAUCUGACCUUUAUCUCUUCUCUAUAGGCUGUAAAAGAAGAGUUGCAUGUGGCACAGUGCGAUGUAUGAAUACCAUAGAUGCAUGACACAACGUCAACCAGGUUAAGAAACUGUAAUUUGAGUGAAAAACUCUGAAUUAUUGUACAAAUGGAGUCCUUUUGUCCACAUCCUCUUCGACUUAACUCCAUCAGCAGUGAUGAGGAGUGAGUUUAAACAGCAAUCUGUGCCCGAUAUUAAGACAUCUACUAAUCCUGAGUUUGAUGCUGCUUCAUCAUUUUGCUCAACCUCUAUCUUCUGAAAAGUUAUCUUAACCUUCCAACACACCCACUAUGUUAAGGGUCGGUUUUGACCCGUGUCUUAAAUCAGCUGUAAAUUACACUAAAAACAUUUCUCUAUCAUCCAUUUUGGUUCUAAUCUCUAGGUUAAUUUGUGAGGCUUCGUUAUCCAUGAAAAUAUUGCUUUUAAUAUUUUUGUAGUUAGCCUCUGGGUCUUUCUUUAUCAGUAUAUCCCUCAUAAAGACAUGUAUACUGAAUUGAUCUCACAUGUCUGGACAUGUCCAAUGUUGUUUUUUGUGCAAGGAAAAACAGGCAAAAUGAGAAUUUCCUAAAUCUCCCAUGAUUGGAAGAGGAUCUGACUGUCAGUAUGGUGCCUGAAAGUGCACUUAUGGUUUCAGUUUUUGCUCUAAUUAUCAGAUAUUGAUCUAACCGGGUCAACAGCGACCCUAACAUGACAAGUGCCAUAAUUUUAAUAAGAGCAUUUUAUAAUUUAGUCAAUUUAAUUUUUUCAUUUUUAUUUUGUUGAAAUAGAGGUUCCUGACAAAGUCAAAAAAUCUUGAUGCAAAUAAACUAAUUCAAGUGUUUCUUUUAAGCAUUGAAAAACAAAAACGGGUCAGUGCAGACCCUAACACAGGAGGAGGGUUAAUGUCAAAAUGUAAUAUUUUAAAUUAACUUUGUGACAUUUGUGUUUGUCGCAAUAAUACCACAUACUGAAUCAGUACACAACAUAAACUAAUAACUAUUGCAACAAUUUUGGAGACUUAGACAACAAUACAAGUAUAGUUUAUGAGCUUAAAAUCCAAAAGGAAUGUGAUUACUGGGAAAAAGAGUGCAAAGGUCCUGACACAACCUUGACCAAAGUUGUGAUAAAAGUCCAUUGUAAAAAACAAAACAAACAACAAUGUGAAAUUCAGCUGGAUAGUGUUGGAGAGAUGUGUAACUUUUCAAAGGUAUAGAAGAUUUAUUUUAAUGAGACAUGUUUCUAAGUUAAUGAGGCAGAUGAUGCUGAUGCUGCUCUGCAUGGCUGUAGUAAUAAAAGUGAUUUAAAGUGCUUUUAAGAACAGAAACAGAAACAUACAUGCAUCUUUCUUUCAAGCAGCCAUCGAUUAAAAUCAUUUAAAGCCAUGUGUAGCACACUAUAGACAAAGCAUGCACAGCAACGACCUUUUUUAUCAUUACAGGAAGCAAAAUGUGGCUUUGUGAUAAUCCUCAUGGCGAUCUACUGGUGUACAGAGUGUCUCCCUUUGGCUGUGACUGCUCUGCUGCCCGUCAUUUUCUACCCCAUGCUGGGAAUUAUGGAGGGAACAGAGGUAUUAUUUUAAUUCAUUCAAUCGAAGGAAUAAAUCCUCUUCUUCCACAUGAGCCUAUCAAGAUGUUUCCUUUUCUCUCAUUACCUCCUCUUACAGGUCUGUGUGCAGUACCUGAAAGACUCCAACAUGCUGUUUAUUGGUGGGCUGCUUGUUGCAAUGGCUGUUGAGAAGUGGAACCUGCACACGAGGAUCGCCCUUCACGUCCUCCUUAUUCUGGGGGUGAAGCCGUCCCUGUGAGAAACUAUAUUCUCUACUUACACUGAAGCUUUAUACAUUAAGUGUGAAGCUUCCCUUAUAAAUGAAAAGUGUGUUUAGUCGCAUAAUUGUCGAUUUAACAUCUAACCAGAUUGUCUGUUUACCCUGCCUCCUCUGCAGCCUGUUGAUCGGCAUCAUGAGCACCACAGCUUUUCUGUCCAUGUGGAUCAGUAACUCAGCCUCCACAGCUAUGAUGCUGCCCAUUGCCAGUGCUGUGCUACAACAGAUGUGCGACACUGAAAUUAACGGUGUAGAGAGAGAUUGUGGCGUAGCUGUUGCGAACGGUGGUGAGAAUAACCAGGCAUAUGAGAUGGGGGACGUUGGAGAAAUCGAUGAGAAGAAGCUCAAAGCAAAGGAAAACGGCAUAAACAAGGGUGUGUGGUAGACCUUUAUUUGAUAGUUUGAAACGUGAUGUUAAAGUUAUUUUACAGCUUUUGAUGUUGUUUUGUAGAUGCAGAUAAAAAUGAUGACCCCAAAGACAUGACAGAAAAUGAAACAUCAAGUAGGUCUCUUUAUAUCUUAAUCAUAGCGUGUUUUCACUUCUGCUUUUGACUGUAACAUCCGAUCCUGCUAAAACAUAGAGGAACAAGCAGUACAAUCAGAAAGAAUGAUGUCUUUUAAAUGCAGAAAGUCUGAACUCUGUCCUUCAGAGGUUUACCACGGAGGACUAACCGUCGAGGAGCGCAAGCGGAAGAUUUUACAGAAGUAUGAGAAGUGGAGGAAAGGCAUGUGCCUGAGUGUUUGUUACUCGGCCAGUAUCGGUGGGACAGCCACGCUAACUGGAACGACACCCAAUGUCAUCCUGCAAGGACAGAUAAAUGAGUAUGACCUGCAAGCAUACAAAUAAACAGACAAAUGACUGAAGACUACACUUCAUAACUACCCCAGAAUCACAAUCAGGUGUUUCACUUCUAUGUUUUAAUUUCUUUUUCUACAGGAUCUAUCCAGACAACGGAGGCAUAAUUAACUUUGCAAGCUGGUUUGGUUUUGCAUUCCCCAACAUGUUGAUAAUGCUCGUCCUGUCUUGGCUGUGGCUGCAGUGCAUGUUUUUUGGCCUCAAGUAAGUUUCAUGGAUUCGUAUCAUAUGAUAGUUGAACUAAAAGCGAGUGACUCUUCUUAAUUUUGGGUUAUUCUAGCUUGAAAAAGUCAUUCGGAUGUGGUGCAAAGAAAGAUGAUGACAUGGAGGCGUACCAGCUGAUCAAAAUACAGUGCAAAAACUUGGGCAGGAUGAGCUUCGCCGAGGGUAGUGUGCUGGCUAUCUUCACUCUGCUGGUUCUGUUGUGGUUCACCAGAGAGCCUGGGUUCAUACCCGGCUGGGCCACUGUGCUCUUCAACCAAGAGAAACCGUGAGUGUACUGGAUGUGAAUGUUUUAUAUACAGUUUUUUAGUUAAAAAGUAAACAGUGAACAUUUCUAAGUUUUUUUUUUUUUUUAUAAGAAAUGGUCUCUUGCUGGUCACUUAACUUAGAUGUGUGAUUUCUGGCCCGUCUCUGGAUGUUAUAUAAUCUUUAAACGGCCUAGAGUUCAGACUCUUGAGCUUUUUCAUGAAAUUCUGCCUUUCACCUCUGCAAUAAAGUUAACGUGAUUGCUUAAGCAUUCUCUCAAUACUGAAAUAUGUUUCCUUGUCAGGUUCGUCACAGACGGCACUGUGGCAAUAUUAAUGUCAUCACUUUUGUUCUGCAUCCCGUCCAAAUUACCCUGCUGCUCCAGGAGGUCUGAGGAUGGUAGGUCAGUGGGCAUAGAGCUGUGGUAUUUGUGUUUAUAGUCAAUGCACAAGUUCUCAUGUAACAAAAUAUCUGUGUCCUCGUAAAAGAUCAACAAUACCGACAUAUUCAUUCAUUUUUAGUGUGUGUGACGUAAGACUUUGUUAAUAUUCAAGUAAGAAAAAAGGAGCCCUUCUCCGGGGUUAACCUAGCUCUGUCUGUACAUGAAGCUCAAUGAAAAGUCUUCAUUGAUUUUACACCACAUUUUAUUUUGCAGCUAUUUGCAUUAAAUCCAUUACACGAAGAAUGUGGCACAGUCAUAUUUUUCCUUUUUAUGUGUCUCCUCAAGUUACAAAGAUACAGUCAGUAGCCUUUAGCGCCUGUAAAAACUCAUUUCGCUGACUCAGGGUUUCCCGUUUAAUGUUUUUACAACUGCUUCCUGGGUUGUAGCUUGAUAGCACCAAGGUCACCAGUGACUAUACAGCAUUUCAGGCUGCUCUGUUCUUUCGACCUCUGACUUUUGUACCAGUAUUUCUUAGUUUCACCCUUGGUAACCUGAGUUAAGUGAGUCCUUUUCCCCUCAGGCAACAGGGUUGUCUGUACAUCUAAACAUGAGAAAGAGCAAUCUGUUUUGUACACAGAAAAGUGACAUGAGGAUAAACACACGUCUAGUUUAAAAGUAUGAUGGCAGCCUCUUAGGUGCAAAGGGCCAUUUUUCACCUUGGACACCUUGUCUUAGGUCUAUUUGCAAGAUCACACUUAAAAGAGGAUUUGGAAGGCCCAGUAGCUUAUCAGGUUUCUUUUUAUCUUUACAGAGUUCAUCAUGGCCAAAGCAUCAUAUAUACAGACAAUAAAAGCCACUGCUUUCUGAAGUUAGGUCAGAUGUAGCAUUAUCUGUGUGUGUCCUAAUUUACAGCGGACAAAAUAAGGAAAUAAAAAUAUAAUCUGAGCAGUUAAAGGGAUAUUCCAUCGUAAAAUUAAUUUAGGGUCAAAUACACUGUAACACUGAGUUAAACCACCUCGAGAGAUGAAUGUUGCUAACCGCUUGCUGCUCUAGUUAUACCAACUUUAGUAACGACCGCAGGAUAGCAAUACACAGCAGUCUGAGGAGCCAUAAACAAACCUCAACCAAAACGCUACUCUUUAGCCACAAAUAAUGCUCAGAACAGCACCUAACUUCAUCAACAGUACAUAUAGGGUCCCAGCCACAGCACUAGCCACCAAACAUUUUUUCAGCUUUGCCUGAUUUCUUUAGCAAAGAGACUAAACACAACUCACCCACUCUCUUCCAGCAGCCGCUCGUUUGUAGCUAGACCUCGGGCAGGCCAUUACAGACUACAGCGGGGUGAUGCAGCUCAAGGAAGAACAUUUAUGAUCAUUACUUUAUAAUGUCCUUGAAGUAAUAAUCAUCAUAUUUAUCAUCUCGGUCUGAUUGCAUUUCCAUGAAGAAAUGUUCUUCCUUGAGCUGCGUCACCCUGAAGCAACUUGGUGUUACGUGUGUUUGACCCUAAAUUAAUUUUACACAGGAAUAUCCCUUUAACUGCUUUGUCUUUGUUCCAAUAGGGACCUCUUCUGAUGCCCCCGUGCCUCUGCUGCAAUGGGACCUCGUCCAUGAAAAGAUGCCUUGGAACGUCAUCUUACUUUUGGGUGGAGGUUUUGCGUUGGCCCAUGGAAGUGAUGUAGCUGAGUUGAUCAUACAGUUCACAUUUUCAUAAAAGUAAACAUCCAUGUAAUUCUGAUGCUGAUGUGCGUCUCUUUAUCCUACCUAAAGAAAUCCGGUCUUUCUGCAUGGCUGGGAGAAAGUCUCAUACCUCUGCAGAACAUCCCUCCUUUCGCCAUCUCCAUCCUGUUGUGUUUGCUGGUGGCCGUGUUCACUGAAUGUUCCAGCAACACAGCCACAACCUCUCUCUUCCUGCCUAUACUGGCUUCAAUGGUAAGACAAGGUUCUCUCAAGGAACUGUUGCUUGUCUCUCAUUUCAUAAGAUCCCACUAUGACCCAACUGUGUGCAUGUUGGAUUGAAUCUUUAUGUCCAGGCGACUGCCAUCAAGAUACAUCCGCUGUACGUCAUGAUUCCCUGCACCAUCGCUGCCUCGCUGGCUUUCAUGCUGCCCGUAGCCACCCCACCCAAUGCCAUUGCCUUCUCCUACGGCAAGCUCAAAGUCAUUGAAAUGGUAAGUGAAUGUGCUGAAAUGCGCGAGGACUUUUGGAUACAGGAUCAUUUCCAGUUUUUAGAUAAGCAGAUUAUCUUAAUCCUUAUAUUUGAUGAUUUCUUUUCUGUUUGCAUAAACAAUAUCCUGGAUGGUCAUAUUAAUAGUCAGAUACCUUACCAAGCAAAGGAAAACUGUGUAUACAACAUUCACAUAUACAUACUUUUGAAAGUUUUAAAAAUGAUAUUAUUAGAUUACUUUAAAUCCUGCUGUGAUAGGAUGUUGACGAAACACUGCAUAAAUAUCAAAAUGUGAUCUGAUUUUUUUUAUCAUUCUAGGCAAAAGCUGGAUUCAUGUUAAACAUUAUUGGAGUUGCGACCAUCAACCUUGCCAUUAACACAUGGGGGGUGGCCUUGUUUCAGCUAGAUACCUUUCCAAAUUGGGCCAAUUCCACCAACACUCCUUGAAUAUGUACUCAGGAAAGUGGGGAAGAACUCUUGGAGACAGACAGUGUAUUCCUCUGUAUCAGGUUUGGACUGGACUCUAAUGUGAGUUAGUAUUUAUAAUGUGAAACUCCACAGCCAGCCUGAUGUGAACUAAAGGCCUGUCCUUUAGUGUUUACACUGCAGCUUUUGAUCUGUUGCCCUUCCUCGCAUCGUGAUUUUCCUCAGAAACAUCAGGACACGCUGGCCGGGGAAGCUGGAGCCUCUUUUGUUUUCACUUAACAGAGUUCACAUUAUUUAUUUAAUCAUCUGAAUCCUUCAAGUGUUAUCAUUUUGAUUCUAAUCUAACAUCAAAUUUUAUUUUUCACUUAUAAAAAAUGAAACAUUUUUAUGCACACAGAUGUCAGUCCAAAACUUUGUUGUGAUAAAACUUUAACGGACGGCAUAUACACUUUUUUUCACAUACAAAAAAAUGUUA